CAGCAGAUCACCGAUCAACAGAAAGAGCCGAAGAUCUCGUAAGGAGAGGAGAGCCGGUAAUCAGCAUUCCUCAGAGGGGACAUGUACACUGAUCAUCAGGGCACUGAUGAUCAGUGUGCCCUAAUGAUCAGUGCAGCCCCAGCAGUGCCACCUGUCAGUGUCCAUCAAUGCCAGCUGUCAGUGCUCAUCAGUGCCACCUGCCAGUGCCCAUCAGUCCCUCAUCAAUGUCACAUAUCAGUGCCUACCAGUGCACAUCAAUGCCAUAUAUCAGUGCCCAUCUGAGCUGCCUUUUAGUGUCACCUAUCAGUGACAGUCAGUGCCACCUAUCAAUGCCAGUCAGUGCCACCUAUCUGUGCUGCCAAUCA